AGCACGCUGCCAGCGCUCGCUCGGUAAUGCACUGUGAACAGGGACAAGCAAGAGAGCGAGUCACACACACACACACACACUCACACACAUAUACAGAUUCACAUACGUACAUGUCACACACCCUCACACCCGUACACCUUCACACUGUGCCGCUCCUCCACACAUAUCUCCUACACACUCCCUCACACGUGCGCUAGGCAGAGAGGUGCCUUGUCCAGGAGACACACACUUUUUACCCCCUCUCUGGCACACACACAUGGACACACACUUUGCAGCUGGACUCAACAGAACCAGAUCGGACUGCUGUCACCCACCGGUGGAGACUCUCGCAUGAGCAGCGGCACUACAGCAUCUACCGGUGUGGGUGAAUGCAAGGGGUGAUGCCAGGAGAGCUUGAGAGACAGUGAAGAAACCGUCCGUCCGGCAGCGUCCAUCCGCACCCCUGUCGUCCUCGUCCCAGCUUACGGAGCUGAUACCUCAGGUCGGACAGUCUACUUCUUCUUCUACUUCUCUCGCUCUGACGCUGUUUCGGAUGGAGAAAUUUUACAGGUGAGGGACGGGAAGAAAAGGAGCGGUGGCACUCCUGCUAUUUUGGAGAGUUGACAUUCGGACAUUUGAAACGGCUCUUGCUUCUGAUCUGCAGGACUGAGCGGGUUAAGGGGACUAAAUGUGAUUUUUGUUUGGGUCUGGUUUCAUCAUGCGGAGAAUGGUUCUGUGGAUGAAUCCUCUCGGACGGGGCUGAGUCGAACUUCACUGGAGCUCCAGGAGGGGGGUAAGGGAACACUCGGACUGGGACAGAGGCACUGGGGCACAUUGCUGGGCUACAGUGCACUGGUUUUUGGGUGGAUAACAACAUGACUUGUCCUAACGGAGGGACAGUGACAUACGAAGGCUUCACCUGAACCUCCUUGCAAACAGAAAACAGCUAGAAGGACAUUUAAAGGCUCAUCAAUCCAAACCUCAACGACCAUCAGUUUUUCAGUUUUGGGUGGGCCUUUCAGGGAUCCACCAUUAUUCCCUCCACCUCUUCCUCUUUUUCUGCCUUUCUCCCCUCUGCUUCGGCCCAUCCUCAGAAGCCCCCUCCUCCACUCUGCCCCCCUCCCUCAGUGGUGCUCCGUCGCCCUGGGUGAGCGGGCAGGGGGGUGGCCCACGGUACCCCCCGACACCUGGGCGCCACCGAGCCGCCAGAGGCUGGUGAGGCGGCGGCAGGGUCAGCGCUGGGAAGAUGGCCGCUCUCGCCAGCUCCCUCAUUCGCCAGCGCAGGGAGGUCAAGGACCCCCAGGCAAACCGGCAGAUUGCCAGCAAACGCAAGCCCUGCCCGAAGAGCAACAAGUCGCUCUGCCAAAAGCAAAUCCUCAUAUUAAUAUCCAAGGUUCGACUAUGUGGCAGUCGAGGAAGAAAAAUGGAAAAAAGACCAGAGCCCCAGCUGAAGGGCAUCGUCACGCGGCUUUACUGCAGACACGGCUUCUACCUCCAGAUGCUGCCGGAUGGCACCAUGGAAGGCACAAAGGACGAAAGCAGCUCCUUCUUGCAGUUCAACUUGAUUCCUGUGGGGCUCAGGAUAGUGGCCAUCCAGAGUACCAAGACAGGGCUCUACGUUGCCAUGAACAGCGAGGGCUACCUCUACACUUCGGAACACUUCACGCCCGAGUGUAAGUUUAAGGAGUGUGUGUUUGAGAACUACUACGUCACCUACUCGUCCAUCCUGUACAGACAGACCCAGUCAGGACGGGCGUGGUAUAUCGGCAUCAACCGAGACGGACAGGUCAUGAAAGGGAACCGUGUCAAGAAGACAAAGGGAGCUGCGCACUUCCUGCCCAAACUCAUUGAAGUGGCCAUGUACCGGGAGCCUUCUCUACACGAUGUUGCUGAGCAGAGUCCGCCCAGGAAAACGCCUAAGACCUCCAGUGACUCGCCCGUGCUUCAGAAUGGCAAGAAGGACCCUCAAUCCAAAGCCAAAACCUCCACCUCCUAGCGCUCAGAGACACAGGUGGGAGAGGAGGGGUGGAGGACACGGGGCACUGGGCACCAGCGGAACACCUGAACAGGGUAGUUAGGGCUACCCCCCGCCUGCAACACUGACCCCACCAGAACUUUGCAUACCACAAUGCACUGGUGUUAAGUUGAAGAAAAGGUCCGGGCAGAGUGGAGCUGGCCAAUGGGAAGCCCCUUUUACCCUUCACAGACCCCCAUCCACACCAGCCCUCCACCUUCUUAUUAGAUAACCUCUGUGAUUAUCAAAGCCUGGGAUAUAAAAGCAAUAACUCCAUGACGAGGUGAACAGUCACCUAGCAUCGUAUAGCAUGUCACCACAGCGUGUUUAACCUGCUGGAAGGAAUUCCCACACACACUCUCUAGCCAUCAACAGUGACAUCCUUCCAGUCAACCAAAUAUUCAAGCAAAGUCUUCCUGGUUUUACCACAAAGGGUGCAACGGUCAAAUGGGUCCCUCUGCAGCACAUACUUUACAAAUGGGUUGUGUUCUCAUUUCCCCACAGGGUUCCAUGCUAAUGUUAGCCUGACACAGAGCCAUGCUAAUGUGAGGCUGUCACAGAGACCCUUGCAGACUUUUGUUCUGCAGCCAUCUGCUCGGUCCACAUCUUCUGCGUGUGUCAGCGACUUUGUGAGAUGGCCUGGAUACUUGUCAGCCCUGUUUGUGUGUAUGUGUGUGUGAGAGAGUGUGUGUGUGUUCCCUUCUUCCAUUCACCUUUGGUGCGAUUUGAUUAGUUUGUGACAUGGACUCAAUUUUCCACUCGGCGGCACAAGAAAACCCCUCCCGUCCUCUCCGGCUCUGUUAAUGGAAUCUGGGGCUGAUCAGAAUCUUUCGACCCUUAAACGAGGGGCCAAGAGCUCUCUCGACACACCGCAUAACCACACACACACUCAUUAUUACACUGACAUUUACACACGAGCAGAGGUGUGUGCACACACUUUAGCACCCUGAUAUCCAUGAGCGACGACCGCGGAAAAUGAUCUCACGACUUAACACACUUAACACAAUGACAUGCAUUAACACACACUCACAAAUGCACACACACAUACUGAUGUGGUGGUGGUGAGUGUGUGUGCGGGUUCUGGGAGAUGAUGAGGAUAUCAUCAGUGAGAUGGGGUACUGAUGGAGCCUGACUGUGUAUCUUGUGAUUGCACUGCAAUAGCUUUUUUCACUGUGGCUGGCCAUGCAUUGCACAAACCCCCAAGGCCCACACUAUCUGUGGACCCUCUAUCACACUAUGUGGCAUUCUUGUCUCAAAACACAGUUAAAAAAAAAAAAAAAAAAAAAGUGUUUUUAUUUAAUCAUUGCAUCCAAAUUUGUACACCAAUUUAUGACGAAUGAAGAAAAUACUUUUGCGCACCCCAUGCCAGAAAUAUUCUGUGUACUGUAUGUACAGCUGUUUUUUUCAGGUGGCACUUCACCCAUUUUAGUCACCCAAAGUCAUUGGUUGUAGUGCCGAGCCUGUAAAAAUAGUUGCAUAGUGUCUUCUGUGGCUGUGGGGGAGCUUUGUCAUGUCUGAGAAAAUGACUCCAGUGACAUCAUUUGAGCAAUCUUUGGUUUGGAUUGGAGACGGUACAACAAAGGCCUAAAACUGAGAGCCAAACCUUGGCUGUACUGGCACCUUUAAGACACAAGCUGACUUAAAGCCACCAGUUGGUCACCCAAAGCUAUAUUGUUGCUCAGUUUAAUUCAUUACAGACUAGUGAUGCACAUGUCGACCCACAAACCACAGGUCGAGCUGUUCGGCGGUUAAGUUUUUAAAAAUAUAGAGGGUUUCGGUGGGGUGGGUCAUUCAGUUACGAAGCAGCAUUCUGAGUAAGUUAUUAAUAACUUACAGAACUGUUGUGCAACAGUUCACCUUCCACCUUCUCUUCCCCUCUCUGUGUCUCUCUCACACAGCAAGCAGCUUUCUCAUUGGUGCUGCUGUGCUCCAGCUUUCCGUUAUUCAGGUUUUGACCAGGAAAAUCCAUUUAAUUCCAACAUUUUGAAAUCUCCUCGGUCAUAAUGUCCGGUAAAAGCGUUUCCCUUGUGACAAUAAGUAGGCUAAACACUGUUUCCUAAUAGCAAACAAGCAUCUCUCUGUCCGCACUGAAUCCAUUAAAUAUGCACUUCUGUAACAUCAUGGAAACAAACCACACAGGAUAUUAGCUGUAGGCUCAAGAUAGUACUUAAGACGUAACCGCUUUAAAGAAGUGUGCUUGCUGUCUUCCUGUGUUUGCCCUUUUUAAACAGAGAACAAGAUUUAUAUUGACAAAUUUGUUGAAAAUGACAAUAUAGCCAACAGCAAGCAGUUAUAAGCGGAGUGGACUCUGCGAAGAAUGUCUGCAGCCAUUUGGGCUUCCAUAGUCAAGGGCACUUCCGUGUUGUAGUUUCUUGUAAUAAUGUCCGUGAAAAAUCCCUGCGAUGUGAAAAAUACAUGCCGAGCAGCAGGAAUAAGGAGGCUACAGAAGUCUGGUAACCUCGCUUCUUUCUGACUCUACUUCCACAGAUCUUGUUUCAUUUUCAGACUUGUAGUUUUCAGCCUCAACUGUUGACUCUGACUCAUGUGACAUCACUUGAGGCAAUUUUUCAGAUUUAACACAGUUCCCCCAAGUGCCACUAAAGGUUGUACUUUUUUUAACAUAUGCUGUAGUACUCCCAAACACCUGUAAAAAGGUUUUUGUUUGUUUGUUUUAAAACAGACACUUCUAAUGAUUUUACACAAAAUAUGUGAGAUCCCAUGAGUUCCCAUUUCAAAUUACAUUUGAAAAUUACCAAACCUGAACCCAAAACUUUAUGCAACAAAAUGGUUUGGGAGCCAGAACAAUAAAAAAUGAGGUGUUUACCAGACAAGAAAGAUCUAAUGAAAGAUGCCACCACAAUGCAUUAUGGGGAGUGUAGGAUCCAGUGAUGUUUUUGGAGCUUGAUCUGUAGUAAAGACUAAAAGUCAAGAUAUCUCAGCCUCUGCUGCUUCAGUUAUGACCAUUCUUUUUUUAAACUGUCUCUUUCAAGUCCCCCAACCUCAUGGAAGCGCAAUACCAAAUCACUGGAGUAGCCCUUUAAGUCUUCAUUUACUCAUGGGCUGGUCAGUAAAGCUCUGUUCAUGGCAUGUAACAACACCAUGCUUCACCUGAAACACUUGCUCAUUCAAAUGUUCCUUAAUCUGUUUCCUAAUGUGUUCAAAUGAAUUACCGUAAAUCUCUCCUGGAGACUUUGGUUAUGAUGCAAAGGAAUUCAAGCCUUCUUUUUCUUGUCAUUUCACUAUAAUAUUAUGACUGUUUUGUUAGGCGGAAAAAUCAAACACCAAAGUCAUAUAAAUAAUGCAGUUGAUAAUUUGGUUAGAUAGUGAUGGAUAGUGAUUCUAAAAAAGAAGAUGGAACGAUAGAUGUGUUACAUUUACUUUGAUCACAUUUCUUUCAGUUAUUCGGUAGACUCUCUUGGUAAAGAAUCUUACUAUUUGAAAUAUUUCACUAUGCUUGUUCAGGAGACCUUGUCUUGUGUGUUUCCAUUUGUUCUUUCCAUUCAACACGAAAAGCAAUCAUUUUUCAUAUCAAACUUCCUUGGUACAAUAUGCCAGGCAGGGUAAUUGUUUCUGCCUAAUGUUUAUGUAUUGUGGGGAGCGAGGGAGUCCUAUGUUUUCGGGAGGUAGAGGCGAGGUUAGAUUGAUGAUCAGGGCUCGGAGAGAGGGAUCGACCAAAGAAAAGAAAAUGGAGAAGGAGAGAUAUUUUUAGGGCAAACAAUUUGGGGUGAUGAGCGGAAGAAAAGGAGUUUUAAGAGGGAAUUAUGGUAAUGUGGACGGCAUUCCCUGAGCACACGCACACACACACACAUUUACACACACUUCUCAUUUCAUGCAUAAUCCUCCACUCCCCUGUAACCUGUGGUUGUAAAUAAUAAUAGCUGAUAACCCGUGCAGAAUAGAGGCAAGCUGCUGUGCAAAUUAAUCUGCUACCUGAGAGAUGAAGCAAACUUUACCUCUGUUUUCCCGGGGAGAGAAAGAGAACAGAUUAGUUUACAGAAGGAGAACGAAAAUAGGUGGUUUGAGACGAGGGAAAGGAAAGGAGACGGAGAAAAAGAGAUUUAACAAAUAAACUAUAAGAAGGAACAAAGAAAAGAAAAUUGAAGCUAUACUCAUAUUUUUUCUGAUUUACUGAACACAAGCUACUGUUAAAACCUCACUUACACACUCAAGACCUUAAUUAAACUGUUAAAUAGACCCUCAGGUCGGCGUGUCCGACCAGUCACCCCCUAUGGAUCACUAAAUCCAGAACACAAUGUUUGAGUAUUAUUCGCUAAGUAAUUACACGACUGUUUAAUUAAAUGAGGCUCCUGCCCACUAGAAUAGAAUUAAGACUGUGUGGGGCUAGAUAGAGAGAUACUUUUAGAUAGGAGAGGAGGAAUUCAGCAAAUAGAUAUAGCCAUGACUUCUGUGAUAACUACUACUGUAUGUUUUAAGGGCUGGGAAAUCUAAUUUGCAAUAUUUUCUUACCUAUGUGUCAUGUUUGUUUUCAGAUCUCGAAUCAAAAGAAAAAGAGCUGUCAGAGUUAAGGGCUAAAAACUUUAGUUCAAGCAAUUACCAUGGAAAAAAUGAAGAACAGUAAUGUCUGCUGUAGAUUAAGUUCAGAUUAGAGACAUAGACAUGGGUCAGUCAUGCUCAUAAGCCUGCAUUACACACUGGAGAUAUAGGACAAGGAGGGUCUAAUGAAAGAUGAGCUGCAUUAUGGGAAAUGUAGGAUGUAACAUUUUUUAGAACUUGACCUAUACAUGACUAGGCCUGUCAUGAUAAUUACUUUUGUUCGACGAUAUAUAUUCUCCAUAAAAUAAUGUAAAUUUGAGACCAUUUUAUUAGUGUGAUACAAUAAUUUAAUAGCAUAAUAAUGCAAGUUCACUUUGUCAAAGGGAUAUGGACUUUAAAUUCCUAAGAAUAUUUAGACAUUGGAAUUGGAAUAUGAAAAAGUAUGUAUUUUUAUUUACAAAACAGUAAUUACCGUAAAACUUCUAUAAGUAGCCUGGGCUAUUAUUUGCUUAAAUCACUGUAAUCAACAGGUCUUUAUAUAUGGGACAGGCGUCUUUUUGAUCCGAGGACCCUUACAGACUAAAGGAAUGUGAAUAACUUAGAGGGAAAUCAAAGAAUUGACACAUAGGUAGCCAACAACCCAAAGAACUUAUAUUAAAAAAAGAAAUUAACUGCUUGGCAAGCAGACUAGGCUUUUAAUUGAAGUUUUACGGUAACACUUGUUAAUAUUUACAAGAAAGUACAUUUAAAAUUAUAGUACUGUUCAAGGAGUAGUUCAAAAUAACGCAGUUUGAGAGUUAAUAUGAAUUCGGCUAGCAAAACCAAAACCAAGUGAUGCGUCUUGUGACCAAUAGACAAGCUCAGUGAAGCUCACACUGCGGUUACCUCCAUAAUUCGGCCAGUGUGCUGCAGUCGGCUACCGGAGAUUGACAGUCUAGGUGUCAGGCAGUUUGCUGGUGGGUUUACAGAGUAGAGAAUGAAGUUGUUCGAGGGUAAAACAACAAACAACUGACCUUUUGGCUUGUUGCCAGGGUUUGGCUAGCUAACAACUAUCAGGACUGCGCCUCCUCCACUUGAAAAUCGCAGCUGCAGGCUACGGGUAAGCUACACUGUGGCAUCUUUAAAGUGUUGUUUUAUUUUUCUUCGGACUGGUCAGGAAAACCCUGCUGUUUUUUUCUAGCAUCAUGUUGACUAACGUGGAUGACAUUUUUAUGUAAAUACACAGGCAAUAUGGAGGCAGGCAAAAUGAUGGUCAUGUACAUAUAUGGUGCAAUAAGCUGAUAAUGUAAUUAUCGUGACAGGCCUAUAUACAGCUAGAAGUCAGUGACCAUUGUUUUUUAAAUCUGCAUCUGGUGAGUCCCACAACUUUCUGGAAGUGCAGCACUAUAUUGCUUGAAGAGCCCCUUUAACCCUCAAAAUAAAUGCAGUAUUAUUUUCUGUUGAUGCAUAUAUGCCUGUACAAAUGCAAAAAAAAAAAAAGAAAAAAGAAUAAUGGCACAUGAAGUGGCAUUUCUAGACGAGAGGAUUCAGACUUUAUUAGUUUGAGAUAUUCGUAGGCCUACAGUCAUCUCAUUUCCUGCCUCAGACUCUGCAUUAAAGUGACUUUUAAAGCAACGAGAGCCAAGAUUUUAUUAAACCAAGCCAUCGGAUCUCGUGACUGAGCGCCAGUCAACACUGACAUCUAGUGAGUGACAGAUUCCUAUCUCAGUUUGCUGAGAUAUUCACAGUGUGUGUGAAUCCAUUACAGAUGAUCCAUCGUCCACUUACAGUUGCAUCAAUCACGAGUAUCAUUUUGCCGCCGCAGAAUAUGCAGAUAGAUUAUCUUUUUAUUCCAGUUUUAUUUGAAUACUCAUCCUCAAGCUGUUCAGCAAGAUUAACUAUUUUACGUUAGCGCUCAUACUUUUUUGAGCAGUCUGACAAAUAGUCUUCUAUUUUUUCAUUCACAUCUGUGAUAUUGUAAAUGUAUUAUUUUGCAGAUGCUGUCUUUUGUAAUCAGAUUCAUGCUGUUAGAUGUUACCUGUUAGUGGAGCGUUAUUAAUAUAUUUGGGGAAGCAGGUGGGGGCAAAGAUUUUAAAAGAGUGUGAAAAUGUGAUUUCACUUUGGAGAAAGGUAGAUAACAAACUCGUUUAUUGCUGUUGAAAGUGUGCAUGUGUGCGUGUGUGUGUGUGUGUUUAUCACUGACUUGUGUGUUUUGCAGCGUUCACACUCACCCAUUUGUCUCUGCUGUGAAUCCUUUGUUGUGAAGCCCCAAAUCAGCUUCUCUGUUCCAGCCUGUCUGCUCCUCCGGCCUUCGGGCUUCACUUCAAACAGUUCUGUGUGAAUUACAGGAUGUAAAGAUUGCCAUUUAUCUCGGCGGCCGUCUAUGUGAGCACAUGUUUGAUUAGUGAAACCCCUUACCUUCCCCCCCGUGGCUUAAUUUACUGCUUUUAACUCACUGAUAAAUGUCUUUGGAUUCAGCUCUUAACUAUUAAAUAUUGGCCCUCGGCUUCACUAUUUCUUUGGAGCAUAUAUGAAAAAAAAAGAGAGGUGUGCAUGUGUGUGCAUGGAUAUCCGAGGGGGGUUAAAUGAUGUAUAUCUGAUUCAGCUGCACGCUUCGCACAUCACACAAACACACACCUCUCUCCCCGGGGGACUCCCCUCCCUCCCAUUUCUCCCAAGUCAGGGCCCUCCCUGCUUACUGAGCGAAUUACAACUGCAGCGAGGGUCAUCUGGGGUUGUGAAGGACUCAGAGAGAGAGAAGAGAGAGAGAGGCAUGUGUCAUGUAUUGUAGUGUAGCUAACUCGUGCCCUCGCAGCUUCCCUUUGAAGUUUCACUUCCUCUCCGAUCCCUUCUUUUUUUGCAAACACAACUUCCCUUUAACCUGGCGGCGGUAUGUGCGUGCAUGUGCGUGUGAAUGCUGGUGUGUGUUUUCUAGAUCUCACUCAUCAGCUUUGGUGUUUGUGUGUAAUCGUUUUGUAACCGUGAUUGAAUAUCUCUGUGUGUCCAAUAUGUGUGAGGGAAUAAAGUACGGGCAGAGAGAAAGGGAGGGAGGAAAAUAGAGGAUAAAUCAGAGGCCAAAUCAAUGAGUACGAGUCCUUGGGCAGAAAGCAAUAAACUCCAUUAACAAGGUGCAGGCACAUUAUCUGGGAGGGUGUGGAAAAAAAGGGAUUAAUAUUGAUAUAGAAACCAACUGCGUGUUUUAUUAGAGCUUUUAUUUUUCUAACACUUUGCCCUUUUUGUGAGCUGGGUUGCUGUUAAAGUGUGCGUGCGUUACUUUGAGGUGGAGUCCCUUCACCACAUCUGCAAUGCAGCAGAAAACACAAAAAAAGAGAGGGAGGAAGAGAGAGGCUCACGUGACAAAAGAGUGACGCCGUCCUCGGACAGAUUUUCUCACUCUCUCUGUUUUUUUUCCCCCCAGCUGCUUCAUAAAAAGUGCUUUUAUACUGGAAUCCAGAGCCUGAACACUUCAUGUCACAUCCUGUGUAGUGGUUACCAUCGCGUUAAGUUCAUAUAUAAAAAGAAAAUCCGUCUGUGUUUUUAAAAGCACACCCACAGUCCCUGGACACAUCUGCAUUGCACACACACAUUGCACCCUGCACCAAGCCGGCGCAGAUGUGGCUAACUGGGGGUGACCUUUACAAACACAUCAUGGAGGGACUUCACCUCUUACAAGCUAAUGCACCAACUAUGUUUAAGUGGUGACUUUACAUUGUAAACGAUGCUGAAAUGUUUUUUUCAAGUGUUUGGAUUGUGUUUUGGGUGUUUCUCAGUGGAAGUCCUGUGACUUGUGAUGAAAAGAAACUCUGAGUAUUGGUAUGAAUCCUUGUUGGUAUGUCCAUGUGUUGAUUUGAUGUGUUUAUUUUGCUGUUUAAAUGCAUAUCCAUGUCUGUUCUGUCAUACUAUGGGAUGUUGAGCUCAGUCUACAAAGAGAGGAACACUGAGGUACGCCAUGGCUGUAGGGUCUUAAACCUCCCGAUCCCCCCCCCCCCCACAGUCCUCCAGCACUCACCUGUCAAUCAAAGACCGAUUGACUGACCUCUGACCUUUGAUCUCUUAUCGGGAUUUGUAAUUGGCUCACUGGCAGCGCGUGGACUGCUCAUUCACCGCCUGUCUCUCCCUCAAACACACGCAUACACACAAACACGUCUUCUACCUGUGUGUGCGAUUCCGUGAUCGAUCCUUGAGGGAUUUUUUCGAGUCUUUUUUUUUUUCUUUGUACUGCAUGGACGAUCCGAGUUAUUGUGACAAAGUCUUCCAGAAAAGAUUUUAAGGAAAACCCACCAUAAUCUUACUUUCCUUCUUGUCUUCCAAAUGCAAAAAGAGUGCUUCAGUCUUCCAGCUAUCAAAGCCACAAUGACACUAUUUUUGUAUACAAACGGGGCAAAAAAAUAUAUCUAUAUAUCUCUAUAUAUAAAUAUAUCCAUGCAAAUGUGGUUGGGGUGCAGUAACUCCCCCUGUUGCUGGCAAGGUGGAAUAACAACAACAACUACUAUACGCCAUCCAAACCCAUGGAUCACCUGGAGAAAAGAGCGGGAGAGGGACGACGGAGAGGCGUGGGACUUGCAGUUUGAAACUUCUGGGUUGAGGAUCACAGACAGGCGGGACUACAAGCAUGCAUGCGCCAAUCAUUUACUGGACACCUUCAAAGAAACAGUCUUUACCCAAUAUUUACUCUUUAACCCCUUUAACCCCUUAACCCCCCAUCCUCAACACUCUAUUAUCCCAAACCCUUGUCUCUGCGUUUGCAAUAUGAUCUGUAUUUAUUUCUAUAAUAACUUACACAAAGUCAAGGGAGACGUAUUAUUGGAUAUAAUUGAA